UCAUCAAGAACUUUCAUUAGCCCUGCUUAAGUUGGUUCUCCACGCUAAAGCGGUGGGUAUGGGGAGUGGUUAAAAUAAUCUGCUUGGUUUGUGAUAGUGAUUUCCAUUCAUUGUUUCCAAUGCAACGCAUGCUGGCAUGUUGCUUAAUGGCCGUCGCUCUGUCAAGGAUUGAAGUCUUUGCCCAGGACAUCAGACCAACCAUCGAUGUGGAGAAGCUGGCCAAAAUAGUACUGCCCUCCAGCUUGCAGACUCGAGUAGUUGGUGGUCAUGUCACAACGAAUGCCAAACUGGGUGGCUUUCUUAUAGCGCUGCGCUAUCAGAAAGACUUCAUUUGCGGCGGCACACUUCUCAGCGAACUGAUCGUCCUGACAGCGGCCCACUGCUUCCUGGGCAGGCCGAAGAUAGGCGAUUGGUUGGCGUCCGGCGGCAUUUCGAAGCUCGGUGAGAAGGGCAUCGAACGUCAGGUCAAAUCAUUCAUCAAGUCCGCCAAGUUUCGGGAAAGUGACAUGAACAUGGAUGUGGCCAUAGUUCGGCUGAAAAGUCCCAUGAAGGGUAAAAAUAUCGGAAAACUGUCGCUCUGCACCACGAAUCUCAAGCCGGGCCUUGAACUUGUCGUCUCCGGCUGGGGGAUGACCGAUUCCAGAGGCAAUGGUCCGGAACAGUUGCUACGAACGGUUACAGUGCCCAUCAUUGAUAAGAAAAAAUGUCGUGCCGCCUAUCGGCCAGGAGUCAAUUUAACAGACAGCAUGUUCUGCGCAUCGAUUUUGGGUAGGAAAGAUGCCUGCACCUACGACUCUGGAGGUCCUUUGGUCUACAAAAAGCAGGUCUGCGGCAUCGUGUCCUAUGGAAUCGGGUGUGCCAGCAGACGUUAUCCCGGCGUCUACACCGAUAUUAAUUACGUAAAGCCCUUUAUCGAAAAGAGCAUUAGGGCGUUGAAAUAAGUUUCAGAAAUUAUAUAGAGAG